AUGUCGAGCAAACGAUCUCGAGCAGCCUUCGAGGGUGAUCUACAAGCACAUCAUUCCCCAUACGCCUUUUACGGAACGCCUCUACCCCCUCUAGAUGCCGGGACUCGAGACGAUGGGUCAUAUGUACCGAUCUGGAAGCAGGAAGUUACAGAUGACCGGGGAAGGAAACGCUUACAUGGCGCCUUCACCGGUGGUUUCAGCGCCGGAUACUUCAAUACCGUCGGUUCCAAGGAGGGUUGGACCCCUACGACGUUUGUGUCCUCGCGCCAGAACAGAGCCAAGGACUCUCAGCAGAAAUUCCAGCAGCGGCCGGAGGACUUCAUGGACGAGGAAGACAUUCGAGAAGCUGAGGAGGCGAAAAGACUGCAGACCAGUGAUGACUUUGCUGGGUUUGGAUCUGCGGCGACCGAUGCGACCCGCCGUGGAGGGCUGAUGGAUCUUCUCAAGGCCGGCGGUGAAACCAUGGGAGUCAAGCUACUGAAGAAGAUGGGUUGGCGAGAGGGUCAAGGGAUCGGCCCCAAAGUACGGCGAAAAGCCAACCUUGGCGGCGGUGCUGGCGCUGACGGAAACGAAGCCGAUAAGACCUACCUCUUCGCACCGGAGGAUUCGCCCAUGAUCGCAUUUGUCCAUAAGACGGAUCACAAGGGGCUUGGGUUUGAGGGUGAAAGUCGGUUGGAUUUUCACAAAGCUGGUGCCGACGAGUCUGAUGAAGAUGAUUUCUUUGGGCAACGGUUGACGUCCGGGAGCCAACGAAAACCAUCGAAGUCAAAAGAGCAACCUAGGCGCGGCGCAUUUGGCGUCGGGGUGUUGAACGAUACAGGGUCAGAUGACGAAGAUCCAUAUUCUAUUGGCCCACAAAUCUCAUACAACCGGGUCAUCGGCGGUGACAAAAAAAAGAAGAAAAAGACCACGGAUGAGUCUAAGCCGGCACUUGUUGCAUCUAAUCCUCUGGUGAACACCAAGCCCGUCUUCAUAUCAAAGAAGGCGCUCACUGCAAAAUCGUCGGCGGGAUUUCGAAAAUGUCAUGACGGCCGGCUCCCGUUAGACGGCUUUCUCCUAGCCGAUGGUAUUUCCAGCCUGUCAAUAUCUACACAAGAGAAGAGAUACGCGCCCCCAGAAAUCCCAAAGGACUGGAAAUCAAGCAAAACACCGUCAGGGGCAAGGGAUGUUUCGAACUAUGUCUCUACAGCAGAGGCGGCCAAGGCUUCUUCGCUCGACCCUACGUCUCGAGCUGCGCUGCUGGGGGAGGCCCAGCUGCCCGGAAAGUCGAUUUUUGACUGGAUGACCCCUGAGGCUCGCGAAAGGAUCAUGAAACUUACUGGGAAAACAGACCUACCACCAGCCUUGGGAGAGAAAGCACCGAAGGGAUUCGAAUUAUCGGAAUCGCAAAGACGCAAGGAUCUGUGGGACCUUGUUCCCAAAUUAGACAAACAGGUCGCUGUUCAGGCUCUUACUCGCGCAGUCAGCGGCUGGAUGCCUUAUUCGGAAGACCAAGGCAAACGGACUCGAUACCGCACAUUCCUUGAGAUACGGGCAGGCCUCCGCGAUACACUCCCAGACCGAGUACCAGGCUCGACAACGGAUGAAUGGGUUGCGGAACUCCACGAGUUUGCUCGAGCUGCGGAGGUGUUCAAGCCGGUCUCUGGGGUAAUGGCUUCGCGCUUCACUUCAGCAUCUACGGGGCCCAAGGAAUCGUCUGAUCAACUGGAAUCAUCUACGUCGACAGAACCAUUACUCCGCAAACCCGCGGAGAAGCCUGAGGAUCCAGCCGUGGCCGCGGCCAAGAUCGGUAUGUUUGGCCCGAUGACUCGGAGCACUCACAGCUUCUAUCCCGCGCGGCUGCUUUGCAAACGGCUGAAUGUCAAGCCACCGGAUCAUGUGCAGAUGGACCCGGGAAAGCAGCCAGGGGGUUCCGAGGCUGGUAUUGGCAAUCGAUUCCAGUCUGCUGGAUACCAGACAGCAUCCGGACCUAAAGAGCUCGUAUCGAAGGAUGUGAUGAACCAGCUCAUGCUCGAAACUAGCGGUAGAGCACUGACAGCACGAUCCGACACUGCCACGCCUGAACGGGCGACAGCGCCGGAAGUCAGGAAGGAGGUAGUGAUUGAACCCGAACGCAACGAAGCACUUGAGGCUGAGAGGCCCGGCGAGGCGGUCUUCAAGGCUAUCUUUGGAAGCGAUGAUGAGGACGAGGAAGAGUGA